GUAUUGCAGUUCUGUUUUUCUUCAGUAUUACUUUACUGUUUCCUUUGUUUAUCAAAUAUCUCUUACUUUAGGUCCCUGUGAGAGAGCUGGUGAGCUACUUGACUGCUGCCAGUGUGCUCCAGAUGAGCCAGGUGGUGGAGAAGUGCUCCCAGGCCAUCUCCCAGUACCUCAGUCCCACCCUGGCUUUCUUGGAACUGGAGAGACGCACAGAUGAGAAAGAAAUCCAGCUGCAAGACAGUGAUUUGCCAAGUACCAGCUUUAAAAAUCAAGAUGAAAGAGACGCUGAAGAGGAAGGAUGGGCGUCUGUGAUUCGGUUAAAGCCAAGGUCAGGUCAAGGGCUGAGGGAGGUCGGAGAGGAAAGGGCGGUUACAGCAAAACUAGAGUUAUCUGAAAAUGCAUCAUGCUGUAUUAAUACCCUUGAGCCUGAGAAAGGUGGAGACAUUCAGCCUGUUUACUCAAACAAGCCCUCCUAUCAAAAUCACCAGGUUACAAGUGCAAUAACAUAUAAGAUAUCUCCUCCUACAACGGUUCAAAGUCAAACAUCAUCCACAUCUGGAGAAAGUUCUGCAAAAAAGGAAGAAUUUGUUGACACUUCCCCAAACCAAGACGAAGCAGCAGAGGGAGAUAAAAGAGAAGAGGAGGAAAUGUUUUUGCUGGCAGCUCAACUGCAAGAAUGUGGAGAGCCGAAGGACUCUGGAGCACAUCUGUCAAAGGGUCAAUGUUUGGAAGACGAGCUAACAGAAGAUUCAGACAGCGUUCUGAUCCAGAGGCCGUACCUGUGCAGGAGGUGUGACCGAGUCUUCCAGCACCUGGAGAGCUACGUGGUGCACCUGAAGGAGCACAAACAGUACUGGUGCUUGGUUUGUGGGAAGGGCUUUUCCCAGAGGAGUAAUCUGACCCGGCACAUACGCGUUCACACCGGGGUCAAGCCAUUUCGAUGCCCCCUGUGUCACAAGACAUUCUCCCAGAGGGCUACGUUGCAAGACCACCUCAAUCUGCACACAGGCGAUAAGCCCCAUAAGUGUAGAUACUGUGCUGUGCACUUUGCUCACAAACCAGGCCUCAGGCGCCACCUGAAGGACAUCCAUGGUAAGAGUAGCCUGCAAAACAUGCUUGAGGAGGCCAUGGGCUGUUGA